AUGGAUUUGACAAUGGACGAGAAUGGAUCUCUCGAUGUUGUUGAUCUGGUAGAAGAUGAAGUGAGACGAUAUCGAAGAGGAGAAUCUCAAGGAACAGUGGUUACAGGUGGCAAUGGAGAUGGAAAUCGUCUCGAUCAACUCUCUUUUCUACAAUACAUACUCGUUGAUCGAGAUCGUUCAGUGUAUGUGUCUGAGUGGGGAAAUUAUCGUGUGAUGAAAUGGGUGGAAGGUGCAAAACAAGACGUUGUCGUGGCUGGUGGUCAAGGAGAAGGAAAUGGCCUUACACAGAUGUCAUAUCCUGAAGGAGUCUUUGUCGAUCAAUUGGGCACUGUCUAUGUAGCUGAUGCCGGGAAUGAUCGAAUCGUGUGUUGGCCUAAAGGAGCAACAUAG